AUGGCGGCGAUUCGCCAGAUGGCAGGUCGGGGAACCGAGCCGCUUGCCGGCGGCGAAGUCAUCGAGGGCGAAGAGGCGGUGGAUGCAGCCGCGGGUGGUGCGGAAGGGGCGUCAUCACCGGUGGAAUUGGCCGCGACCGCUGAACCGGAUCGUCCGAAGUGGAAUGCCAGCUACGCUACGACUUUUUGGCGCAACCUGUCCGCCACGGCAAGGCAGGCGAUGGUGCGCGUUUCGCAGUCGCCGGACUACACGGAGAAGCGGGCGCAGUUGAUGGAUGAACUGAACCUGACGCAGCGGGAGUUGUCUGGAUCGCUGUCAAGCCAGGGCCACAGUAUGAACCGGCUGAAGCGCCGCCGGGGAGGCGUGGAUUUACCGCGCCCCAUGACGUAUGACAAGGCGGCGGACGUUUACGUCCUGGACUCCAACUUCGCCGGGGCUCUGCAGCACAUGCAGGUGGAUUAG